AUGUGUCGAAAACACAGCGCGGCCUUCCUGUCGUCUCUGCUGCUCAUUGGAACCUUUACCGGCCAAGUCGGAGCGAAUGGAGAACAUGGCGUAACCUUUCUGUUCCCCGUCGGUGGUAAAGACGUCUACAACAAGGGCGAUACAGUCAAAGUGACCUACACAACGCCAUUUUCAGAGCCGCGACUGUAUACAUGGUUCCAGAAGCAACUCGCCAGCCCCUUUAAUUCUUCAGAGCUCAUUCUCUUAGACUUCUCGUCAGAUGAUUGCUGGUUCAAUCUGCGGCCUGGCGAUGUGGCUGGCUUUGGCGCCAACAGCGACCACUUCAAAGUGAUGCCCGAUGAACGGCCGCAGAAGACUACCUGGGGCUUGGAGGUGCAGCUACCAACCGCAACAGCAUCCAUAUCCACAUCAUCAUCCUCAACAUCCCGUGUGACAUCCACUGGAACGUCUUCCUCGUCGUCCACCGCAAAGGCCACUGCCACCUCGGUGCCGGAGGCAGGAAGAUCAAAGGAUGGACUCAGCGCUGGAGAGAUUGCAGGAAUCUGUAUCGGCACAGUCACCCUGGCUGUCCUCCUGGCUAGCGUCGGGGUGGCUUGUUACAUCCGGCGUCGAAAGCAGCGAACACUCCGUGGCGGUGUCGUCAACUACAGCCAAGCACCAGGCUCUGACCAAUACUCGCGAGGAGAAAAGUUCUCGGUCACUCCAUACUCCAGUCUGCACUCCGGGUCCUCCUAUCGUCCUCUCUCAGGCACGGAUAGCCAGACGGCGGUGUCUGGACACGGCUCACCCUCCCAGGGGUCAGCCAAGACGUACGCAAAGACUUCCAACAUAAACAUGACCUCGCUUAGCGAGGGCUAUUUCAGGCACGAUACGGGCGCAGCCGAGCUCCGAUCAGGCGGAUUCGGCUUGGAUGGUUCAGUCGUGAACGACAAUCCCAAUUUCGAGCAGUCGCAGCAAACUCAACAAGGACAGACAUCAUAUGAACUAUAUCAGACCCUGCCGCCGAAUCAAGGGCCGCAUGAGAUACAUGGGGCCACUCAUGAGCAACGCGCCCCUCCGUACCAACAUGCGCAGAACCUAGGCCUGCCCGAUGUGCGCUCUCCUGGGAGCGUACAAGCCACUCCAAUUGGCUAUGUUGGGGGCUUUAAAUCCAAGGAGGAAGAAGCUGGCUUUGGCCUGCGCGAUCAAGCGGCCAAGGCUCAUGUCGGUAUCACGAGGCCGCCUGAACCCGCCGAACUCCCGUCGAAGGACUCGUACCGAGGCUAUGGGGAGGAGUACGAGAUGCCGGUGAUACAAGGACCGUCACGGUUUAAACAGCCGUUGCGAAUGGACGACAUGGUGGAGCAGAAAGUCUGGUUCCCACCCACCGACCUUCCUCAGACGAAACAUGCGAAUGCAAGUAGCCAUCAUCGACCAGGGGGCUGA